GACUUAAAUUUUUAAAAGUAUGUGAUUAAUUCGUUCGCAACUUUUUGAAAUUUGACUCUGUUGAAUGUCGAUAAGGGAACUUCUUCCUGGUAGGUCAAUUGUGAUGAGAAGUUUCUCAUCUAUGAUGCUUUAAGCUUUCAAAUGAUUGAAGACACUGGAAGGAUGCAGAUAACGAGAAAUAUUGACCUUUGGCUUGGCAAUAGCGCUGUUCGUAUUGUACAGCUCGCUGUGGAGUAUGACUAGGGCUUACAUUGGAUAUGGUUAGAUGUCGGCAACGGAUAGAGGAGGUUCCUCGAGUGAAACAUCUGUCAAAAAAUCUACAGCGUGACUGCGGUUUACUGACCUUGUCCAGUGUCACAAUCAGAAGACCGAGAGUAGGUCCAACUCAUCCAUCAGUUUUUAUUUACUUACUGGGAUGUCCAGUACAUAACAUUCGACACCGGUUCACUUAUUGAUAAUUGUUAUAUUUAUUUUUGUUAAGUUCUUCUUGUACAGACAAUAAAUUUAAGGUUCUUGUAGAGUGUUCUUUCAUUUCACCAUCUAAUGGACACAUUAAAUCUAUUCAGGAAGGCCUUUUGUCAAGAGGGCGGCGGUUAUUUGAAGCGCGCCAAUGAGACCCAACUGCAGGAGAUCUUCGCCAAGUACGCUUCGAUCGAGAAGAAUGGCGAGAAGUUUAUGACGGCUGAGGAUUUUGUGAUCAAGUUCUUGGGAUUGUUCGACGAGAAAGAUUACAAUGCCGACUCGGUCAGGCUUUUGGCAGCCAUCGUCGACACCAGCAAGGAUGGUCUCAUCUCGUAUCCGGAGUUCCAGGCGUUCGAGGGCCUCCUGUGCUUCCCCGACGCCCUGUACAAGACCGCCUUCCAGCUGUUCGACACCAACGGAAAUGGAAUGGUCAGUUUUCCGGAGUUCGCUGAGGUGAUAACCAAAACCGAACUCCACAAGAGGAUACCUUUUAACAUGGACUCACCGUUCAUCCAACUGUACUUUGGCAGGCAAAAGAACCGACUGGUGACGUACAGUGAAUUCAGUCAGUUCCUGCACGAUUUCCACGAAGAGUACGCCAUCGAGGGUUUCCGAAAGGCCGACAAGGACGGCACUGGUUUCAUUUCAGUGCUCGAUUUUCAAGAUAUUAUGUUGAAUAUUAAGAGCCAUCUUCUCACCAAAGAGGUGCAAUCGCAUUUGAUUGAGACGGCAACAGGAUCUCAAAGUGGUCGCCGUGUAAGUUUCCCGUACUUCAUCGCCUUCAACUCGCUGCUUAACAAUAUGGAAUUGGUGAAACGUAUUUAUCUAAACGUGACCAACGGCCACAGGACCCAGGAAGUUACCAAAGAACAAUUUAUGCAUUCCGCCCAAGCCAUGUCCCAAAUGACACCCCUCGAAGUUGACAUUCUGUUUCAGCUCUGUGAUGUGUUGCAUCAAACUGGGAAAAUCGUGUACAACGAUCUGUACGCCAUUGCGCCCGAACAGUAUUUCAAGCAAAUUACCAACAGACUGGCUGAAAUCCAUGCAGUUUCAAGCCCUGAAGAUCGAGGCGUCUUGAUCCAAAUUUUGGAAAGCUCUUACCGUUUCACUUUAGGUUCAGUUGCGGGAGCCGUGGGUGCUACAGCAGUUUAUCCCAUUGAUUUGGUGAAAACCCGUAUGCAAAAUCAGAGAACUGGCUCAUUCAUCGGUGAAGUGAUGUACAGAAACAGCAUAGAUUGCUUCAGAAAAGUGAUAAGACACGAAGGCAUUUUUGGAUUGUACAGAGGUUUGGUGCCUCAGUUGAUGGGUGUAGCGCCAGAAAAAGCUAUUAAAUUAACGGUUAACGAUUUUGUGAGGGAUAAAUUCUACGACAAAAACGGUAACAUACCUAUUUAUGGAGAAAUUAUAUCCGGUGCUUGCGCGGGAGGUUCUCAAGUAGUGUUCACAAAUCCAUUGGAAAUUGUUAAAAUUCGCUUGCAAGUAGCCGGUGAAAUCGCCGGAGGCGAAAAAGUCAGAGCGUGGCCAGUGGUCAAGGAAUUAGGGUUGUUGGGUCUUUACAAAGGUGCUCGUGCAUGUUUGCUGCGUGACGUGCCCUUCAGUGCGAUAUACUUCCCCGCAUACGCGCACACGAAAGCUUCGCUGGCGGAUGAAAGCGGUUACAAUCAUCCGUUGACGCUGCUGCUCGCCGGAGCGAUAGCCGGUAUUCCUGCGGCGUCGCUCGUCACGCCCGCAGACGUAAUCAAAACUAGGUUGCAGGUCGUCGCCAGGGCCGGUCAAACCACAUACUCAGGCGUAUUGGAUGCCACCCGUAAAAUUUAUGCCGAAGAGGGCUUCCGCGCCUUCUGGAAGGGCGCUGUAGCUCGUGUGUUCCGUUCAUCACCUCAAUUUGGUGUCACUCUCCUGACUUAUGAAAUUCUUCAGCGAAUGCUUUACAUCGAUUUCGGUGGAACUCGUCCAACUGGUUCCGAGCUGAAAGUGCCGUCCCUUGGAGGCGACGUUAAGUCGCACAACGUCGACCACGUGGGCGGUUUCUCGGUUUCCCUACCAAUUUUCACCGGUAUCGAGACGAAAUUCGGCCUCUGUCUUCCCAAAUUCAGCGUGCCGAAGGCGUAAACCACUCGUAUUUAGUCAAAUUUUUAUUAAUAGGAUUUUCAAUUGUCGCUUGGGCCAACAAACCGCCUCCACUAUUUUAAAACCGUUGUACAUACUAAGGAAUGGUAGGAUAGGAUUUUCUAAUUUGUGCCGAUUGUAACGUGUCAUUCUGGUAAAGUUAUUUAAUCGUGUCGACGUUAUGCACAUUGCCAUCUCAGGACUGUACACAUGAAUUUGUUGAUCGGAUUAACUUUAAGAUAUGAACGCACAGAUACGUUAAUUAUUAAUUAACAUAAAGGCUUGUUCGUAAUUAUGUGAUAUACACUAAGUAAAGUCGGCAUAUCAACUAAUAACACCAAACUCGAACAAUUUUAUUCGUGUACAGUUUUGUGUAGAAGUUAACUGCACCAAAAAUUACUAAACUUAAGCUGUAUGUAAUUUUACUUGAAUGAAAGGCCAACGUAAGAGUUGUCUGAUUGUUAGAUUGUACAGAGAAACCUUUGUUAAUUUGCGACGGGAACUGUGAUAUCCUGUCCAUGCGCAUUUUUGUUUCUAUCAGAAACGGAAUACCUAUUAAUUGUCCUCUAUUGACAAAGAGAUUAUGUGAAGUUAUUUUUAUUAUGAUCUAUUCAAAGAAUCACUGUUGACCUAUUCUACUAAAUAAAGUAUACACAAUUUAA